AUGCACGCCGACAAGGUGGUGCUCUGGGCGGUCUUGGUCUUCUUCGCGGGGUGGGCCACGGUUGCGGACUCGGUCGAGAUGUGCGCCUGCCCCAACCCGCCCGCGUACGGCGUGGUCCCGCUCUUCGAGAAGGUCACAUCGGCCCUCUGUGGCGCAGUCCUCUACGCCCCGCCGGAGCUCAACGCGCUCAGCCAAGGCAUCAAGGCCGGCUGCGCCCAGCUGGCCGCCACGGAGCUCCGCGGCACGCUGACCCAAAUAUCGGAGCUGACCUCCACCACGCAGGAGCUGCUCAACUCGACCCUCCUGCCCAACUGCCAGCAGGGCCUGGCCCUCAAGCGCCAGUGGGACGCCACCUCCGACCCCGCCCAGCGCGCAGCGCUGGAGGCCGAGUGGGCUUCCGGCCUCUUUAAUGUGACGGUCCACGUUCUCGGCCGCUACACCCAGACCCUGCUCCAGCUGCGGCAGAACCUGACGACGGCCGCCGUGGCCGACUUCGCGUCGGGCGGACUCGACGCCUGCAACCGGGUCAACCAUAGCCAGACCCAGCUCGAGUCCGAGCUGGCCUACUGGGAGGCCGUGCUGAAGAACUGCAGCGGUGUGCCGGAGGUGUGCACCUACGCCAAGGAGCGCAUCGCCAACGUGACGGCGCGCGUGGACGCGCUGGCGCCGUCGGUCCGGUUCUGCGCCGCCUUCGCGCCGGGCCUGACCCAGGCCUACCAAGGGUACCGAGCGGUGGACUUGGACCUGCAGCAGCUGAUCAACGGCCUGGAGCUGGGCCUUCAGAACCCGCUUCAGUACGUGGCGACCAUGCUGCAGCAGACCUGUGCCACCCUGUCGAGCCCCACCUUCCUCCUCGGAAUGACCGCGGUGCUCUCCAACCUCAACGAGAACACCCGCACCGACAUCCUGCGCCACGACAUCUGCGUCAUCGAAGCUGUGCCGUGCUAA